AAGGGACGACUCACUGGUUGAAGAGACGCUUGCUGGAGAAAGGACAGCCCCAAGGAGCGGCCAGAAAGCUCCGGUGGCUGCAGUCCCGCGUGACGCCCCUCGCUCGUUCCAAAGAGCAGUGUUUUUGUUUCACGCACACAGAGACUCAGGGUCGGACUUUUUCCUUGAAAGCCACCGCCGCCGCCCUUGCCUUGGGCGCCCGAGCACAGACAAAGAGCACCGGAACGACGUGCACGCUGGGGGCUCUGAGGUCGGCCAUGGUCAUGGAGGUGGGCAUCCUGGACGCCGGGGGCCUGCAGGCGCUGCUGCGGGAGCGCGCGGCGCAGUGCCUGCUGUUGGACUGCCGCUCCUUCUUCGCCUUCAACGCGGGCCACAUAGCCGGCUCGGUCAACGUGCGCUUCAGCACCAUCGUGCGACGUCGGGCCAAGGGCGCCAUGGGCCUGGAGCACAUCGUGCCCAACGCCGAACUGCGCGGCCGGCUGCUGGCCGGGUCCUACCACGCCGUGGUGUUGCUGGACGAGCGCAGCGCCGCCCUGGAUGGCGCCAAACGCGACGGCACCCUGGCUCUGGCGGCCGGUGCGCUCUGCCGCGAGGCGCGCGCCGCGCACGUCUUUUUCCUCCAAGGAGGUUAUGAAGCGUUUUCAGCUUCCUGCCCAGAGCUGUGCAGCAAACAGUCUACCCCCAUGGGGCUCAGCCUUCCCCUGACGGCGAGUGUCCCCGACAACACGGAAUCCGGAUGCAGCUCUUGCAGCACCCCGCUCUACGAUCAGGGUGGCCCAGUGGAGAUCUUGCCCUUUCUGUACCUGGGCAGUGCCUACCACGCUUCCCGCAAGGACAUGCUGGAUGCCUUGGGUAUCACCGCCUUGAUCAAUGUCUCUGCCAAUUGCCCUAACCACUUUGAGGGUCACUAUCAGUACAAGAGCAUCCCCGUGGAGGACAACCACAAGGCGGACAUCAGCUCGUGGUUCAACGAGGCCAUUGACUUCAUAGACUCCAUCAAGAACGCAGGAGGGAGAGUGUUUGUGCACUGCCAGGCGGGCAUCUCCCGCUCGGCCACCAUCUGCCUUGCUUACCUCAUGAGGACUAACCGGGUCAGGCUGGACGAGGCCUUCGAGUUUGUGAAGCAGAGACGGAGCAUCAUCUCCCCCAACUUCAGUUUCAUGGGCCAGCUGCUGCAGUUCGAGUCCCAGGUGCUGGCCCCACACUGCUCGGCUGAGGCCGGCAGCCCCGCCAUGGCUGUGCUCGACCGAGGCGCCUCCACCACCACCACCGUCUUCAACUUCCCCGUCUCCAUCCCAGUGCACCCCACGAACAGUGCCCUGAGCUACCUGCAGAGUCCCAUCACCACCUCUCCCAGCUGCUGAGAGGCUGGGGGGGCAGGGUGAGGGAGUGCCACGCCCACAUUCCCAUCCGUGCAUUUACAUCCACCUCCCAUCUGCCCGGGACUCUAGGCUCUCCUCCUGGGGAGGAGAAAGGCAAUAACUCCGGGGAGGUGGCUCACGGGGGCUGGUCCUUAUUUAUUUUCAUUUCACCCUACAUCGUCCACUGAGCUCCUCUACACAGCCGUGGCCGUGCCCUCGGCACUUGGACCGAUAGGGAGUGGGUGCGUCAAGUCCUGCUGACCACACAGGGCAAAAGCAAAGGACUGGGUGUGAGUGGGGCUCUUUUUGACUUGCCCCUGGUGUUUUUUGUUUUUUCUUGUUUUUGUAGAAAUCAUGCUUGACAUACCUACCAGUAUUACCAUUCCUGAAGACGUAUACCUUAUUUAUUUUUGUGUAGGUGGUCCGCCUUCACAGCUGUCCGUGUCUACUAGAAGAACCAAAUACCUCAAUUUUUGUGUUUUGAGUACUGUACCGUCUUUGUACAUAUAGACCCAGCGGAGAGUCUGUUCAGCACUGAUAGAAAGCACCAGUGUUUGGGUUUUUGUUUGUUUGUUUUUUAGUUACCCACAGUUGUAUGUUUUGCCGAUUAUUUAUGACCUGAAAUAAUAUAUUUCUUCUUCUAAGAAGACAUUUUGUUACUUAAGGAUGACUUUUUUAUACAACAGAAUAAAUUAUGGCAUUUCUAUUGAAA